AUGAUGUGAAAAGUAUAAAAGAGAAAGAUGAAAUUGGGGAGGAAAAGAGGAAUGAAAGGUUCAAAGUUAGGAAUAUUACCAGUGGUCAUCAACCUGUUCCUGGUGUCACAACUAUUACGGCUAAUGGAAAGUAAAAUAGAAUGCUUCUGAGAUUGUCAGUUUUCAAGUUAUGAAAAGUAGCAGGUUGACGAAAUAAAUACGUAGUGGGUGUGCUAUGUUGUUCAAACAACUAUACAUUAGCUAGGGUACGUUCAAGGAAUCAACGACUACCCAACUCUAUUACUUAAUGUAUUUUUACGUAAUUAAUUAUGUUUGGUCUUAUUUUCGAAUAUAUCUAUACAAUCAUGUUUGUUAUGGUGACCAAAAUUGUAAAAUUAUUUUUAUUGAAACCUGGAUGUUAAUAUUCAACUAUUGAAUAUACUCUUCAAAAUAUGGGGUUACUAUGAAAUAUGUAUAGUUUUGUGGAAAAAAUUAAACAUAUUGCAGCCAGCGAAAUUGAAAAAAAAAAAUCAUUUCACUUUAAUAGCGUUUCGUACAUAUUUGCUUAUUAGAAAAUAAUGUUAAAGUUGGCGGCAAAACCUUUAAUAGCACAUGCACUUUUAAUAGCGCUUAUAAUGUGAUAUAAAAAAUAAUUGAAUUAUCCUAAGAGUACUUUUUACAGUGCUUUUUAAAAGCGCUUUAAAAAUUACCUUUUAAUUUUAACAACGCUCCUAGAAGCUUUAAAAUGUAAAAAUAAGCUCUAUUAAAUUGAUUUUUUUGGUUGUAGUGGCAUGUUGAUACAAUAUCGAUCCAUACUCUUUAUUCAUCUGUGGUCCUUGAUUAUUUUAGAAUCAAAUUCUUUGAUAAGAGCAUUUAUGUAAAUAUGUAUGUCCCGGGUGAUUUGUCUCUAUUCGAAUUUCACAAAAAAUGUGAUAAGGGCCGUACGUACAUGGGGCAAAUAAUGUUUUCCGGUCAAGUCAUGCGUGGGAUUAACUUGUCUAUUGGAGGAAAGAAAGUUGAAACCAUUUCUUCAUCUUAAUUGGACGUGCAAGCCAACAAAAAACAACGAUGGUUUUGAAUUAAAAAGUCCACAUGUCUACAUUUCCAAACAAGACUUUAUCAACAAUUUUAUUGAAUACCUUUUGUCAUUAUCUCAUACGUAAGAUUUAUUAUUAUAGCUAUAACCAAAUACUAUUUCCCUAGAAAAAAAAAAUCCCCUGAAUUGUUCUUCUUUACUUACAAUUUUCGAGAUGGCCGAAGAUAAUUACUCCAAUGAUGGCAAUAAACGAGUUGAUCGUCGCCUAUCGUUGCCUGAAUACGGCGAUGAAGAGCGCAACACGAUUUACAAGCUAACACUAUCGAUGAAGAGAAGACUUAGUCCACAAGAAAGCAUGGAUACACCGUCCCCCGUAGAGGCAGGGGAAGUAAGGAAUUUGCUACAUCGUUUGGUAGAAAUUGACAACGAAAGCCGGAAACUUCUUUGUAAGGUUUUUAAAUUGCUCGAAAAGGAUGAGACUCUUGAAGCCUACGUCAAGGAGAGAAUUGAAGACCCAAAAGUUAGCAAAAUGUGGGAGCUUGUUGAACAAGUACUUGCCCAACAAGACAUGGAAUUAAAUCUUAAUGAUUAUCAUAACUAUAUUACUAAUGAUAGGAGUAUAAAAGAGAAAGAUGAAAAGGAUAAGGAGAAGGCGAAUGAUCGGUUCAAAGUUAAGAAUAUUGGGAGUGGUAAUGAACCAGCUGGUAACUCUAGGGCUACGGCCGGGUCGACCACCAGUACUACUGCUGCUGCUACUUCUUCCUCUUCUUCUACUACUCGUGGUUCAAAAUAGAAGGGGAGCAUUCAGCAUUGCAUUGUGUAAUCUUCUUCAACAUUUCCUUUGACUUUUUUUUUCUUUUUUUCGUUUUGUCGGGUAUGUAAUAUGCUGAAGUAUUAUGUUUGAAACACCAUAUUCAAUAAGAAAAUGUUCUUUAUUUAUUUAAGUAA